UUUCUCUGUGUCUUCACAUUCUCUUCCUUUAUAUAGAAUCAAAUUUUCGUCUAGCUUUCCCAUUUACCAACUAUUACCCCUUUCCUUUUUUUUUUUAUUUUUUCCUUUUUUUUUUCUUCCAUUGAAACAUAUCGACCUAUAUUUCUUGAUAUUCGAAGUAUUUAAGGAAAGUCUGAUUUUUUUCAGACUUGUUUUUGGUCUGUAUAUUUUUUCAGAUUGUUGUCUGAUGGGUAAUUGUUUAGGUUCAUCAGCUAGAGUUGAUACCACUCUCAGUUCUCAAAACAUUUCUGCUUCUGGAGCCUCUAGGAUUCCCAGCAGAACCAGCAAUUCCUCUGUUUUAUCAAGUCUAAGUAUUCCAUCUUAUAGUCGGAAAAGCAGUGUUGAUACACUUUCUACUCCAAGAUCUGAAGGCGAAAUUUUGUUUUCCCCCAAUGUUAAGUCCUUCUCAUUUAAUGAUUUGAAAAAUGCAACAAGGAACUUUAGACCUGACAGUCUUCUUGGCGAAGGAGGUUUUGGUUAUGUUUUCAAAGGAUGGAUUGAUGAACACACUUUUACUGCUGCAAAGCCUGGUUCUGGAAUGGUCAUUGCGGUCAAGAAGCUGAAGCCAGAGGGUUUUCAGGGUCACAAGGAGUGGGUGACUGAAGUUAAUUACCUUGGGCAACUUCGUCAUCCAAACCUGGUUAAACUCAUUGGGUAUUGUAUAGAGGGAGACGACCGACUAUUGGUGUAUGAGUUCAUGCCUAAAGGAAGCUUGGAGAACCAUUUAUUUAGAAGAGGGCCUCAGCCUCUGACUUGGUCAACAAGAAUUAAGGUGGCUAUUGGUGCUGCGAGAGGCCUUGCUUUCUUACAUGACGCUAAAGAACAAGUUAUAUAUCGGGAUUUUAAGGCUUCUAAUAUUCUUCUAGAUGCGGAAUUUAAUGCAAAGUUGUCUGAUUUUGGUUUGGCCAAGGCAGGCCCAACUGGUGAUCGCACUCAUGUAUCCACUCAAGUGAUUGGUACACAGGGCUAUGCUGCUCCAGAAUAUGUUGCUACAGGUCGAUUGACUUCAAGAAGUGAUGUAUAUAGCUUCGGGGUUGUAUUGCUUGAACUAUUAUCAGGACGUCGUGCUCUUGAUAAAACAAAGGUUGGUGUAGAGCAAAAUCUUGUGGAUUGGGCAAAGCCAUAUCUAGGGGACAAGAGGAAGUUGUUUCGAAUUAUGGACACCAAACUAGGGGGCCAGUAUCCUCAGAAAGGAGCAUAUACAGCUGCUAACCUUGCUUGGCAAUGUCUAAGCAAUGAGCCGAAGCUAAGGCCACGUAUGUCUGAGGUGUUGGCUUCUCUUGAAGAGCUUCAAGCACCGAAAGGUGCUACCAAAGUCUCUCGGAUUGAGCAUCGAACCACUUCCAGCUCUGUUCCAGUUUCUCCAUUUAGACAUCGUUCAUCACUCAGCAUGACACCCUCUGCCUCUCCAUUACAGGCCUAUCACAAGUCGCCACGUGGAAGGUGACUCCAAGAGAAUAAACUUGUAUUUGGUUGUCAUUGUAAAUGUUUCCUAUAUGUAACAAAUUUUGUUGGCUAGAUGCAUUCACAUGUAUAAUUAGCAGGUUGUUCCAUGUAAAAUGUCUGUGACCUACUGAUCGAUAGAGUUAGCUCUUGGCUGUGACGGGUCUUGUUUUCAAUGUGGCAUAUCACCUUCUCUGUCAACAUGGAACUAUGCAAACAUUAUGAGUUUGUUUCUUGAUUUAUUA